GGAACACAUGAUUUUCAGAGACGUCAACAGAUGGAUGGUUAAAUCUAUUUGCUUUAUUUAUGUUUUUACGGUGUGAACUGACAGAAUGACUAUCGCGGAUCUCUGGGAUCAGAGAAUUUCUGCCUUUCUGCUGAGUCCAUCUCAGUUUUUGGCCACCAGCACCUCUGAGAUUUUCCUGGCUGAACUCCUACACGAACUGCGGAAUGAUAAAAUCAAUGAUCAACUUAAGACUCUCCUUGUGUCUGCACUACUGGAGCAUCCAACCAUUCUGUGCCCUUCUGCCUCAGUGGGAGAAGAAACGGCUCUCGAACUGCUGUCCAUUUUUUCUCAGACACCACAGAAGUCCAUCAGCCUCAAGUGUAAUGUCAUGCUGGCGAUCACUAACGUGAUAAUAUGCACUUCCUGUUUGGUCACCCACACAAAGAUGGCUGAAGACUGGCUGGACCUUUUAUUUCAGACGAUUCAGGACACCAAUGACUACAGAUGCGGUCAAUCCCAGCAGCCUUUAAGAGCCACUGCUUGUGACUGCCUACGAGAAAUGGAAACCUGUAGCCCCGGUCUUCUUUCCCAAAAGUUGGAGGCCUUAUAUCUUCUAAAACAGCAAGAAACUACAGUUCUGCAUCAGUCCUAUUGUAUGCUGUAUACAUUAGGGUUGAAGAACGCCAUACAGAUCUUGACGAACCAAAAAGACGUUACCGAUUUAGAGUUCAAAAGCAUAUUAGGAGGAAACGAAGGGUUUGCAUGGACAACUUAUCAAAAUUUCUUACCAAUUAACAUGAUGGUGCAAGUCCCACAGUUGCCUCCAGGAUUGGAUUGUAAAGAACUCAAAUCAAUAAUAUCUUUACUUCUGGAGGAGUCCUACCUACUAACACCAAUUUCCCAGUCCUCCCUAAUGAGGGAUCUUGUAGAAGUUGUCGCAAUGGUGCCGGGACUUACUCCAACGCUAUUUAAAUCACAGCUUCUGCGACUGUUUGGCACAGCAGAAGUUGUGCUCAUGCAUGCCACGCUCUUUAUGAAAGACACCUUCACAGAUAGUCUUUUCACUGCUGAGGAUGAGAACUUUCUGCUUAAGCGCCUGGUGGGAUCAGCCCAGCAUCCGCUUCUAAGAAUUCCCGAAAAACUGUUCUACAUGGACUGCAUCCUGCAUUUCCCUGAAAACCGACCCAUAUCUAGUAGUGGUGAAGAAAGCUUACCUGUGCUGGUUACGCCACGUCUUGCAGCAUCUCUUCUUCCUACAGUUUUCAAUGACAGUGCUACUAUGCUCUGCAGACUGAACCUUCUGUGCCUGGUGCACCUUGAAGCAAAUGAGGGUGAAGCAGAUAAAGGAAUCACCUACCUGUUCGAUCACGUAAUGGCACUUUUGAAAAUUGUAGACAGCGACGGUAGCAGAGAAGUUGUCGUGACUUCCUUCAGGGCCUUGUUUAUUUUUCUUAUGCACUUCAAUGGCAUGGAAGAACUCUCAGAGAAGCUGAUCGACAAAUUACGUGAUAUUUAUUCCAGACAUUGCAGACUUGCUCCAAAUUUAAUUGGCCUUGCAGAUCGAAUUCAAGAGUGUUUAGACGACCCUAUCUGGUCAGUUAAGUUGUUGAGAGGACUUCAGAAAUGCAUUAUGGAGAUGCCUCCAUUGCAAUUGACGAUUCACAAUUUGAGUUGGCACUUGAAAGUCUUGAAAAGAGUGGCUAAAGAAGGUCAGAUCACCCAAAGGAACACCAUUUACCUUCUUCUCAACGUUCUCAUCAACUCCAACUUGUGUGAAAGAGGCAAGUGGCAGAUUGGAAAUGCAGUUCUUGCUGUUUGUCGCAAUCUUUUGGAGCACCCUUCGAUUGAUCAGGUGUUCAUCGAGUUGGCUGAUCUUUUGCAAUACAUUUCUGUUAAUUACAAUGACACGGACAUCAAAGAUCAUGCUCGCUUUUACUACACAUUACUAACCAACCUUUCAUGGGAAAAGCUGACAGGCAUUCUUGCCAAAGGUCCUGAUGGAGGACGUGCCAAGGAGCGCUCGCAUUCAGCAAUUAUGGCUGAGAGUGAAGGGAUUGCGAGUAACCUGACAGUGUGCAAAACUGAACGGCAUGUUUUACAACUCAUUAAAAUCCGAGAUAAAGUUUCACAAAGCACUUCAGAAAGUUCUGAAUCAUUGGAGGCAACAGGAGAGGCUAGGAACUGGUUGGAGGUUUAUCAAGAACAAUUCCAGACACCUGGGUUUGGUUCGGAGGUCACUUUAAGGUACAACCUGACUCAUGCAGAAGAAACUGAUCCUUUAUUCGAUAGAGUCUUUUCAAUCUGUUUGCAUUUUGGGCUGAAAGACUCAAACUAUGCAAAGGUGAGCGACAUCCAUGUACCAUGUGUGUUUAGAGACCGAAAGCCCCCUGAGGUCAACGUCAAGCUUAAACCAUUUCAACCCUAUCCAACUACAUUAUGCGUGAGUGCAAUGUUUACCACCCAAGAUGGACGCUCAUGGCACAGCCAACUACCUGAUGUGAGUAUUUCAUUCCCAGAGAUAUUCCUACCUUUACCUAUAGCUACAAACACAUCAAGUGCAUGCAGAGAGCAAGUGUUUGAUCGCAUCUGGGAGUCCGCAGCCACUGGGAAUCCUGACAAAUCUGCCAUUAGUUUGUUCUGUUUCAAAACUGGAGAUGAAAGUCUAGCCGAUCUGAUAAAGACACAUUUUCAGGUUUACCUGAUUGCAGAUCAGCAAAGGGAAAGAUUUUGGAAAGUCUUGUUCUUUCUUCCACCCAUGUGCCAUGUGCUUUUGAGGAUUACACAGGCUGAGGAUGCCGUUCAGGUCAGCAUCGCAACGGACAACUGGGAGCUAUUACCAUUUGUGAACUCUUACCUCCGAAACAUUACUGAUCAAUGUAGCACAACAGUAAAAGAUGGCUAAAUGGAUACUUUGCAGUUUACACCGAUGAUUUUAAACCAAUUAAAUAUAUUUUAUUACUUCUUUGUUUUGAUAUAACACAAUUUCUUUUUGUAUAUUAAACCUUUCACUAACACGUCUUUGAACAUUAUAUAUGUAUGUCCACAUUAUACUGUUUCGUGUGUAGGAAGCGCUUUUUACUGCUUUACAGAAGGUACUGAAUAAAUGAUUUAAUGAAAUCCCAAUGCCCAAUAGACAUUAGUAGUU